AUGUGUGCAACAGAAUAUUUAAAUUAUGAGGAUCAAAAAUUUAGUAAAUCUAGAGGUGUUGGCGUCUUUGGGGACACUGUUUCCCAAAUUGGAAUUCCUGCAGAUGUUUUACGUUUUUAUUUAAUUUAUAUGCGGCCAGAAGGGCAGGAUACAUCUUUUUGUUGGGAGGAUUUGGUUUUAAAGGUCAACUCCGAAUUAUUAGCCAACCUGGGAAAUUUUGUUCAUCGUGCACUUAGUUUCCUAUCUUCUUUUUUCUCUGGAAUACAACCCAACAUUGAACUAACCUCAGUCGAAGAUGAGCUUUUUACUUUGAUUGAUCAGGAUUUAAAAGAAUUUAUUUCUGCAAUGGAAGAUGUUCGUAUGCGUGAUGCUCUCCAUCAAAUUUUAUCAGUAUCUAGGAGAGGAAACCAAUAUAUGCAAGUUGGACAGCCUUGGUUGUUAGUCAAAAGCGAUAAAAAGGAGGACAAACAACGUGCACAAACAAUAAUUGGUGUCUCCGCAAAUUUGUCACUUUUUCUUUCAAUAAUGCUUCAACCAUUUAUGCCAAAAACAAGUGCCAGCAUUCGUGAACAAUGCAAUAUUCCUUUACCCAUGGUUUUACCAGAGCAUUUUACUCUGCUUCUCAAAACAGGACAUCAACAUAAUAAACCUUCACCUUUAUUUGCAAAAAUCGAAUCAAAUAAAGUUGGAGAGUGGAAAGCAUUGUUUGGCGGUGAUCAAAAUUCUACAACUGUCAACGGAACUCUUGUCAACAAUAAAACAUCACCCAAAAAGACUAAACAACAAAAUCAACAGAAAAAAUCAAAAAUGGCCUCAUCAGAUGCUGUUGAUUUGGCUUCUAUUGACAUUAAUAAAUUAUAUAAUGAAGUUUUGGCUAAAUUUCAAAAAGCAAAAGAAAUUUUUGUGGCAAAGGAGAUGACUCGAUUAGAUGCUGAGAACAAAGCUUUACGUGAACAAAUUGAAGAAUUUAAAAUUAAGCUGGGAUAUGUUGGACCUUUAUUUUCGCCUCCAAAAACUAGUGCACCAAUUAAAGCGAUACCUAAAGAUGACUCAAAAUCUGAAGUUUUAAAACAACCUAGUCAGAUAAAGACAUCGACUGUUGAUAAUGGAGAGAAUAAUGUUCAGAAACCAAAACAAGCGAAAAAGUCGGAGAAUAAAAAAGCUGCGGCUUCAAACGUUGAUACUGGUGGAGGAGGUGAGAUUGAUGUUGGUCGAUUAGAUCUUCGAGUCGGCAGAAUCCUAAAAGCAACGAAACAUCCAGAUGCUGAUGCUCUUUAUGUGGAGGAAAUUGACCUUGGUGAGGAGAAGCCUAGGACGGUUGUUUCUGGCCUUGUUCGUUUUGUACCUUUGGAAGAGAUGCAAAAUCGAUUAGUUGUUUGUCUAUGUAAUUUAAAGCCAGCAAAAAUGCGCGGUGUUGAAUCUCAGGCAAUGGUUAUGUGUGCAUCUACACCAGAAAAAGUUGAAAUUUUGGAGAUUGACUCUAGUUGUGAGCCAGGAGAUGUUGUUAUGUGUGAACCUUUUGCUCAUCGUCCUGAUUUGCCUUUCAUGAAUCCGAAGAAGAAAAUAUGGGAAGGAGUGGCGCCGGUGGGUUUUAUUGAAGAUAUAGCAUUAAAUAUACACUUGAAUCUCGACUGUACUUUGUGGGCCAACGUAAUAAGAAGAGACGUUCUAUCAGAGGGUUAUCCUUCGGAACCAAGGGCAUAGCCAGGGUGUCGAUUUCAGGAAGGGGGCUAAAAUGGGGUGUGCGCCAAAAUUAAUUUUCCUCGUACUCGUACCAAGCGCUAUUGAGAUUCAACUGUAUUAAUUUAUUAAGGAUUUAUCCGUCUCUGAGAAUGGUGAAUGUAUUUAUAAAGGACAUCAAUUACGUGUGUUUCGAAAUGGUUCAUCACUCAAAGCGAGAACAUUGUCUAAUGUUCCAGUUAAAUGAUAUUGUUUAGUUUUUCCAUUAAGGAUACUUUUUGUCUUGCAAUCUUUUAUACUCAAAAGCUGUUUUCUACUAUUUUUACGAAUAUUAUACUGAGAAUUUUUCUAAAAUCCUAGACAUUCGGUUGAUAGCUUUGUUAUUAUCUGUUUAUCUUUCCAUAUCUUUAAUGCUUUCUC